CCAGUUGGGCGCCAUUUUGAUUAAAGUAACGUGAGUAAGGAGAGCGGGUAAUACUUUAUUGGGUAUUUUCCUUCUGUUUUAAUACAUUUCUAAUUAGAUAGCGUGAAUUUGGACAAGAGACCAAGACACCAGGAUACAUCAAAAUGGCUACGGGAGCAAAUGCAACUCCUUUAGGGAAGUUGCACCCCAGUAUUGGUGCUAAACGAGGAUUUGACGCCGGGCCUGGUGCAGGGAACGGGUUGAUGCCAACACCGGGGCAGUCCGCAUCCUUCCCUGCCUUACAAGGAUUCCAGCCUCCGAUGUCUAACGCAUCUUUUCCGCCGCCACAUCAGUUCAACCCGGCAGCGGGUUUUGCGUCCCAGCCUCAACCGCAACCAGCUGCAGGGGGCGGAAUGGGUAAAGCGGAUUUUGGGCAGAAAAAAUCAAGGAAGAGGAGUCGCUGGAGCAGCGAGACGCCUGAUCAGAAGACCGUCAUUCCGGGUAUGCCCACUGUCAUCCCUCCUGGACUGACCAGAGAUCAAGAGAGAGCCUAUAUAGUCCAACUGCAGAUUGAAGACCUGACUCGUAAACUGCGUACAGGAGACCUGGGAAUCCCUGUUAACCCUGAGGACAGAUCUCCCUCUCCAGAGCCCAUCUACAACAGUGAGGGCAAGAGGUUAAACACCCGUGAAUACCGCACACGGAAGAAGAUUGAGGAGGAGCGCCACUCUCUCAUCACUGAAAUGGUUGGACUCAACCCUGACUUCAAACCUCCUGCAGACUACAAACCUCCAGCUACAAGAGUCAAUGAUAAAGUUAUGAUCCCUCAAGAUGAAUACCCUGAAAUCAACUUUGUUGGGCUGCUGAUUGGCCCACGUGGUAAUACGCUGAAGAACAUUGAGAAGGAGUGUUGUGCUAAGAUCAUGAUCCGUGGUAAAGGUUCUGUGAAGGAGGGAAAAGUAGGCCGAAAAGAUGGACAGAUGCUUCCAGGGGAGGAUGAACCUUUGCACGCCCUGGUCACUGCCAACACGAUGGAGAAUGUUAAGAAAGCUGUGGAGCAAAUUCGCAACAUCUUGAAGCAAGGCAUUGAAACGCCAGAGGAUCAGAAUGACCUGAGAAAAAUGCAGCUAAGGGAAUUGGCCAGACUCAAUGGCACUCUAAGGGAAGAUGACAACAGAAUCCUCCGUCCCUGGCAAAACUCCGAGCCCCGCAGCAUCACCAACACCACACUCUGUACCAAGUGUGGUGGAGCGGGCCACAUUUCCUCUGACUGCAAGUACACCAGCACAUUUGCAGCCCACAGACCUGCAGGUAAUGAACCUCCUCAAUCAGCCCAAGACAAGGCUCGGAUGGACAAGGAGUACCUGUCCCUUAUGGCUGAGCUGGGAGAAGCUCCAGUUUCUGCAUCUGGUGGAGGACACUCCAGCACCCAGGGAGGAGCGCCUCGGCCAUCAGGCCCCAACAAUAGCCAGCCACCGCAGAACCGACCACCUUGGAUGAGCACUGGCCCAACUGAGAACAGGAACUUCCAUGGCAUGCAUGGAGGCCCUGGUGGCCACGGCCACAGCUUCCCCCCUCCUAUGCCCAACAUGGGAGGCCCACCCAUGCCCCCCAAUCCCAAUGGUCUGCCUCCUCCAUGGAUGCAGCCGCCUCCUCCCCCCAUGAACCAGGGUCCAGGACCUCAUGGGCACCCCAUGGGUCUGCUGCCUCCCCCAAUGGGUAUGAUGCCACCUCCACCCCCUCCUCCCAACAACCAGCCACCUCCUCCUCCUUCUGGUCCUUUGCCACCAUGGCAACAGCAGGCUCCUCCUCCCCCUCCAACUAGCAGCAUGGCAACCAGUACACCGCUGCCUUGGCAACAGAAUACCACCACUACCUCCAGCCCUGGCACUGGCACCCUGCCUCCAUGGCAACAGCCACAGCAGCCUGCAGCGUCUGGAGCCCAGCCCCCACCACCCAUGUCCAGCCCAUCCAUGGUUCCACCUCCGCCUGGUGUCCAGCCCCCGUUGCCACCCGGUGCCCCUCCUCCACCACCUCCACCACCUCCAGGCACAACUGGGAUGAUGUAUGCCCCACCACCACCCCCACCACCAAUGGACCCUUCCAAUUAUGUCACAAUGAUGGGGAUGGGGGUACCGGGCAUGCCACCCUUUGGGAUGCCUCCUGCCCCCCCACCUCCACCGCCCCAGAAUUAAUCCUGCCACAGAAGAAUCGUCCUCCUGUGUGUAUGUGUGAGCGAGAGUGCUGCAGCACCUAUGACCAGAUAUCCAAUAGACUUAUGUUAAAUACAGAGUCUGAAUAAAUAUAACCAGUGCUUUAUUUUUUAUUAAUUCUUGAUAUUGUGAAGACAUCUCUGAAACAUUGAUUGGAAUAUUGGCUGUGUUAGUUCACUUUGUAAAGUUGUGUAACUUAAUUAGUUAUGUUCCUGUUUUUAAGGUUUGUAUCAACACAGCUGCGUGUGUUAAUACGAACACCGUGUCCUGCAAUGCUACAAUGGUUUGUCUUACUUGUUAACAAAAUGAACAGCUCAAAUAGCCACAAGUUUAAUUUGUGCUAAACAUGCCACAGCUUUUGAUGUUCACACUAUACCUGAACAUUUAACUUUGACAGCAUUUAACAUGUGGAAGGUGCAUGGCUCAUUUUAACACCUGUCUAAAGUAACACGUUUCUACACCCUUGUCUGUUUUGAGUUAAAUAAGAAUAAUAUUUUUGUAAUGAGAUGUAAAGUGUCUCUUAGUUGUGUCAGAGGAUCUUUUUUUUGUAGUAUUGUCAGAUUGUUUUUCCAGACUUUUUAUUUGUAUGUUUUUCUUUGUCAGCUGUGAUAUUAAGUUUGAAACUGUGGCUGUGGUGCUGUGAUCUGCUAGCUUCUGGCCCUGCACUACUUGAAUGCUGAAAAUCUGAUCUAUCCCCAUUUGUUUCGGCUCAUCUUUCUGCUUUGAGUUGCAAAGUGCACCAUUUACGUUGCAUCUGCAGGGACAAGACUACAUAUUUGUCUCAUGAGAAUUAAAAUAUUAGUUUUACUGUUUCUGGAAUCGGUCUGUUGCGUUAUGGCCUGAAUGAAUAGUUUAAUCCUUGCUUGGUUUUACAAUAAACUGAUUGAUUUCA